UUCGGGGACCUCAGGCAGCACGCGGGGGUGGGGGGAUGAGAAUAGAACCCCAGCGAUAAGCUGGAGCGUGUCAUGGGGGACAUCGAAAUCCACAUGAGGAGGUAUGAACUUUUUCUGUUGGGUAAUAGGGAGCCUGAGGGCCAAUAUGAAAGAUGUGAAAGUCACAGCGACUCACAGCCACACAGGGUCACCCUGAUGAGCGGGGUCAGGAUCAGGAGCCAGGCAGGGAACUGGGCGCAGGAGCGGAACAGGCGCGGUGAACGCAGCUAGCUCAGCAGUCACAGCUCCGGGGCCCGAGCCCCAGGGGACCCACAGAAACGCACACCUGGCGCCCUCUUCAGAGCAGAGUGGGUGAAGUGGGUCCAGCCUGUCUUUUAGUGACACCCCAGCUCUGCCUGCCUCAAGGCUUUCAGAGCCCCCAGCCUUCUGGAGAAGUUGGGGGAGGGGGAGUGCCUGCUGAACUGAGGCCAGAGUCACUCUUCACCUGCAUGACCCUUCAUUACCUCCCUGUGAGGAAGUAGCCCUCUGCUUUGUAAGCUGAUCAUGUCGGUUGGUGUUUUACACCUGCUUAUUGUGUUAGAAAAGCUUUACAUGGAUCAAUUCUGGCUACAACCACGGGAUGCAGGCAUGGUUAUCAGUCCCAGACUGUUCUACAUCCACGUAAGGAAACUGAGGCGGAGAGUUUAAAAAUCCUGUCCACAGUAACACGGGGAGUAAGUGGCAGAGCCGUCACUGAUGGCGGUCUGGCUCUACCAAGUGCCUCACUGCCCUGAGAUGAAGAGGGGUGUGUCAUCUCUCGCUCCACCGAGGUACCACAGGACUCUGCUCAGUCCCUGUGGCUAACAUCCCAUCAGGCCGCCUGCCUCAGUGGACCCCAAACCCUGGCAGCCCCCCUCUCCAGCCUCACAGGGAUGUCCACGCCUUCACCCUCCCAUCCGGGUCCCCUUUCACCCUUUCUCCUGAAAGCCUCAAACAGGAGAGACAGCUAGGAAUCAGUCAGCCCCACAGACUGCUUGGGACAGCCACACUGCGGCCACCCACGCCUCCUGCCGCCUGGCCGCUGGAAGGCCCACAUUUGGAGCGUCUCAGCUGACUCCAGCGGAGAAGUCCCCGCACCAUCGCCCACUGCCACCGUGCUGUGAUUAAUCUCUGAGUGCCCGGAGCUUUUAAUUAACUGUCAGCCCUGCACGGGCAGCUGUUCCACAAACCACAUCUGAUUGGGGCUCCCCCAAUCCUGGCUGAUGGAACACUUCAGAAGUCACGCAAAUGAUGCUUGGAUAUUUUGGGGCUGCAGGAGUGGCAGCUGCAGCGACUGCAGCCCUGAUGGAAACCCCAGGAGUGAGGAAAGAAGGCAGCUAUCAGCUGGGGGAAGUCUACACAAGAUCUGUGAGUGUGCUGAUGUGCUGUGAUGUUAACUCAAACAAGCAGAGUAAAGACACCCACAGGUGCCACGUAACCAGAGAAGAUGGGACUUCAGGCACAGCUGGAUCCAGGCGCACCAGUGGAGCUACCAGGGCAGAUGGGCCUGAAAUUGGGAGAGUACCUGCGUCCUGGAUGAGCCAUUUGAAUACUGGAGCUUACUACAUGAGGCAGAGAUGAGGCAGCGAUGUUGUCACAUCCCCAGGUGAAGCACCCGAGGUCUGUGGAGAGGCAGCCUCCCCGGGUCCAGGUAAUCAGGAAGCCACAGAGAAGGGCAUGGACCCAGUCAGUCACUCUGACGCCAGCCCCGCACUGCCGGCUGCUCUGCCCAGCCUCUCUGUAAACCCCUCGGCAUGUGGUCUGCUACCAGGUGUGUCAGGGAGCUCCCCACUCCUUCCCAGCGCUCAGCCCUCCCCCUCUCUCCCCGCAGCAGAGCGCUCACGGUCACAGGUCAGGGCUUUGUUUAGAGCAAGACCUGGACAGGCCCCUCCGUCAGGAUCUGGAAGGAGGGUGCUUGGGGUCAGGCGGAUGUGAGUCCAGCUCCAUGGCACAGGACCCAGACACGAGGGCCUGGGAGACUACACGUCUCUGAACCGUGAGCUCCAAACCUGCAAAACGGCAUAAGAACCUCUGCGGUUCAGAGAGGAGGAAUAACUGUGUCCUUAUGCCUUUGUAAAGUGGUUGGAAUUAUUGCCUAGUCUGGGGAUUACAAACUCAGAUGUCUUCAGGGGACAAGCAGAGGACAUAGGUGGGUGAAGGGGUCAGGGUGGGGCCGUGGCAGCACACCUCUGUCUCAAGGGGGGAAGUCUAGCCCGGUCACACCCAAUGAUUUAUUUAUUAAACAGAUCUAAACUCCGAACUAAUGAAGUUCAUGGGGAGAGCGCAGGAUGAGUUUCUCAUGGCCAGCCCCACACUGACCGCUGGAUCAAGUUGCCCAGCACCUGGGGUCAGCCACCCCUUCCUAAAACGCUUCACGGGCAGAAUAAAAUACAUCUGUGAGCCAAAUAUCACUCGCCCCGGUUUGCAGCCCCUCUGGAGUCCUAUUCAUGGACAAGUUGAAACGCAGGACCUAAAGGCAGAGCAAGGCCAAGGUCAGGCAGCCACAGCCAACGAAGCCAAGCCAGGGGCCUCCUCCAGCCCUCUGGCGCCCUCACCAGCCCAGCCCCCCAGCUCCACGCUGCUCCUCAAUGCUCUCCAUCACCCUCAGAGCCCUCCAGCCCCAGGCCUGUGCCCCUGGGAAGCCAGCUGCCUCCUUGGGCGCCAAGAGCAAAGGAAGGACAUUGACAGGACAAAGGAGACUGCAGGGCGCUGAACAUGCAAACCGCAGCCCGUCCCCAGCGCAUCCAUCCUGCAGCCUAAUUGAGACAUUUGCUUGGAGUGUCCUGGAAAAGUAGGGCGGAUGUAGCGCUCUGAGAGUCCAACCACCCUCCUCCGACGCCCUGCUGAGACUGGGGACCGAUGGUUGUUCUUGGGAACGUGGACCAGCCACAGGGAAGCAGUUCUCGCUAAUAAGAUUAUAUAUAUUUUAAAUGACCCUCGAGAAUUGCAGUGAUACUGGGUAUUAAAAUGCCAGAAAGGAGGACAAAGUAAAAAAAGGCAGGUUGCCCAUCUCUACAGGAACCAUGCAGCACCGAGUGGAGAACCCCCUGGGGGUUUCGCCUCAGGUAUCCCCCCAACCUGAGCUGGGAUGCUUGGAGGUAUGUUCAGACCUUUCUCGACCCUUGAUAGGAGGCUGCUGCUUGAGCCCCGUUUCUCAGACUCCUCUCUUGGAACCCCAAGGUGCUGUCAGGGGCUGGGAGUCAGGAGAGCUGGGCUCCGUUCCUGGCUGUACUAUUCCCAGUCCAGCGGACUUGAGCGAGUCUCCCCGCGCUCUCUGCCUCAUCGGUCUUCUGUCAUUUGGCCUGAGGGACCGCCCGUCUGUAUUGAAGUGCUGAAGGCCUGCAGUGGGCAUCCUCAGGCCUGAGCAGGGCCACACGGGCUUUGUCCAAUCAGCGUUGCUUUUCACAUUUGGUUCCAUCUAGUUUCGCCUAAACAUCUGGAGUUCUGGCUUUUCUUAAAAACUCGGACGACCUGGCCACACAGGGCUGACCUUCCUUCACUCACGGCCAUAAUGGCGAAGCCACUUGCCAGCUCACUCCACACACCCCACUGCCUUACGCUCAGCCAGCCCCUCGCCUUGAUGGUACCUGCCUCGCACUUGAACUUGAGACCCCGAUUUAAUGCAACAGGCUACAGGGAGCCACUGCGGGUUUUUGAGAAAGGGAACUAUGUAAGCUGACCUUUGUUUCAGUAAGAUCUUAAUGGACGUGGGGAUGGAGAGGCCAUGGAGGAGGCUGUGGCGGAGGCCAGGUGAGGGACAGUGCCUACAGAGGGGCAGUGGCCACUAGGGGAAGCCAGCGUCCCGCUCCACUCGGACCCCAUGGGCCAGCCUGAGAGUGACCUCACAAUCACCCACUGGGCCUCCCCACCUGUUAGUCCCAGUAUCCCAGCCGCUGGCCUAACUCUGCCCUUUAUGUUCACACCUAGGGAAGCUACGCUGCCAUCUGAGUCAUCUGGGCCAGCAACCAGAGACAGAGGGGUCCACCAAGUGAGAGCAUGCCACCUUCUUACCCGGGGCACAGUCCAGACGCCACAAUGGCAGAGAAGCCAGAGGACCCAAAGGAUUUCAUGCCCACAGAGAGGAAGUCCAUGUGGAAGACGGCCGAGGAGAGGCGAAUGUCUGACCUCGCACGGGUGCUGCAGUGGUUGGAGCGGAGGCACAGGAAGAAAAAGGAAGCCGUCCAGAAGAGUAAAGCCAAGGUGGUGGUACCCACUAAAGCAACUGGGAAGCAAGAAAAGAAAGCUCAAACCCAAAACAUCCCCAAACGGCAGAGGGAGAAACAACAUGUGUCAUUCUCUGAGCAGACUUCAGUGCCGAAAACCAGGAGGGACAGGGACGCCAUCAUGUACCGAAGGCUCUAUGGAGUGGAUGCAAAGGGGAGACACCUGAGCAUGGUGCCCGGCAACUACCUCAAGGAUGGCCCUGGGAAAUCUGACUUAGACAUCAAGGAUGGCUUCGGCAUGGAGCCCAGUCAGCGGUCAAUGUCAUUCCGUCGACAAACCAUUGUAGACCCCAUGUUACAGGAUGCGAUCUUUGCCGGGCGGAAGUCGACCCUCCUCAGAGACUGGGUGGGAAAGACACCCGACUCUUACGAGCGCAAGAUGAAGAGCCUCAUGGAAAAGGGCACCGAGCCCAAGAUAGAAGUGACGAAAACUCUGACGCCAGAAGAGGUGCUCAGCUGCCGAUACCUGAGGCUGUCCCAGAACAACGUCCGAACCUUGCUCAAGCUCUGCAAAGACGCGGGAAUGAACGUGGAUAUCCACCCCCACAUGGUCGAAGGGGAGAUAGACUCUAAAAUGGUGUUUGCCCGAAACCCCACCGUAGCCCUCUGACGCGUCCUGCCCCUGGCCACCUCAGGCUCCCUCUGUGGUCACACCCUCGGCCACCAGAGGCCAUCCUCUGGCACACCACCUGGCCUUCAGUCCAGGCACAGCCCCUUUAGACAGCAGUGAUUAGAGAACAGGCCAAACCGCAUGGCUCGUGGUGCUGUUGUAGCCUUUGCCCCCAUCGGGUCACAACCAACUCAGGAGAGAACGGGCUGGUUCCCUGCUGAAAGAACCCUCCUUGGGAGGGGCUGCUUGGAGGGGAGUCUUAGCAGCAGUGAGAGAGGGAGGCCCAGAGUCCCCAGACGGACUUCAGGAGGGAGACGGGCUGGCUGAGAACACACACACCACGGGUCUUGCACACCACGGGACGAGGCUCUGUGGGGAGCGGGCCCUCUGGUGUGUCGGGUGGGGAGCUGAUCGGGGGGUAGGAGAGACAGGACCUCUGUGAACGUGUGGAAACAAGGAUUACUCACCUGAAAAGGAGGCACAGAGGGCGAGGAACGUGCUCAGAGUCGCACAGAUGGGAAGCAGCAGGGCUGGGAUUCGAGCUGUGUCCUCACCUCAGUCCCCACUCUGUCCUCUCACAUGCUGGGAACGCUGGUACCUCUGUAGGACUGUUCAGAGACGGUCCCCAUCCUGGAGCAACUGCCAGCGGAGGUCACAAGCCCAGGCCCUUGUAGUUUCUGCAAGCGUUUCAAGUAAGUUCAAAUCCCAACUGCCCCACUUGCUAGCUGUGUGACUCAAGGCGAGUUACUUUACCUCUCUGUGCCUUUGUGUUCUCAUCUGUGAAAGGGGCUAAUAAUAGAACCUGCCGAGCAGGGAUGCCGUGAAGAGGAAAUAGGAGCUUGCCCGUGAAGCAUGAAACACAGACGUGGAUGCACAUUAUAGAAGCUCAGUAACAAUGUGAGCUGUUCCCAUAGUCCCCUGCAGUGGACGAGGAGCGGACGUCCCAGCCCUGCUUUCCCAGAAAGAGCCUCAGAACUGGCCGUGUCGUUGUUGAGUCAAACUCUGAUGAGCUGGUGUGUUUCCAGAGGGUGUGAAAACUGUGCCUCAGUGGUGGCUAUUCACUCACUUAGCAAGUAUUUACCGAACACUGAUGUACAGGAACCACCACAGCUGCUGCGGAUACAGCCUUGAACAAAAACAGACAUCAUUCUUGCUCUCAUGGGGCUUACGUUCUAGCUGGGGAAACAAAUAACAUGCCCCUCAACAAAAAUGAUUUCGGCAGCUGAUGAGAAGAUAAACACGGGGUGGAGUGAAAGAAAAGGACUGCGCAGGGGGUCGGGGAGAGUGACUCAGUGAGGGUGUCCGUGAAGGCCUGCGAUGUGGGGUGAGGAGGAGGAAGUGAGGUGCUGAUUCAGGGGGCAGCUCCAGCACUAGGGACAGCAAAAGCGUGUCCAAGGGACAGAGAGGACGGUCACUGUGGCGAAGCCGAGUGCAGAAGGAGGGUCGGGAAUCAGGCCUGGUAUACUGUGGUCUGGAAAUUGGAGUUCAUUUGAAUUGCAACAGGAAAGCACUGGGAGUGGUGGGCAGAGCACUGUGGGGAGAUACUGUCAGGCGGAAAGGACGGCCUCGUGACGACGCAGGGAGGCGCAUCGGGUAGCUGUGGCUGUGUAACACGUUAUCCCCAAACAUGGUUUAAACUGAAUUGUUCAUAAGUCACAGGUCACUUAAACAGUUCUUCUGACGUGCGCCAGGCUCAGCUGACCCAGGCUGGGCUCUCGUGUUAGUGGGUUAGCGAGCCGGUUAGCUGAGGGUUGGCUGGCCCAGGACGGCCUUGGCUGAGAUGGCUGGCCUCUGCUCCACACAGCUCACCCUCUCACAGGCUGGCCUGGGCUUGUGCUCGCGGUGGCGGCAGGGUUCGAAGGAGCGUGCGAAGCUUGGGCUCACAGCUGGCACACUGUCACCUCAUUGUAGUCCCUAGUGGCCAAAGCAGGUCCCAAGGUCAGCUCAGAGUCAAGAGUGGAGGUGCAGACGCUACCUAUGGAAGGAAGGCGCUGCAGAGUCGCACGGCAAAGGGCCUAGAUGCGGCGGAGGAAAGGCCCGGGGCCAGUUUUCCUCCGCCUCCCACAAGAGGCUAUCACGUAGUUCAGGAAAGAAGUAAGAGCCUUAAAAUAGUGGAUGGUGGUGGGAGCAAGUUGAGAACGUUUUGGAGGUAGAACUGAUGGAAUUUGUCACUGGAUUGGAUGUAGACGUGAGGGAGAGAACAUCCUGUGGCCAGAGUGACUGCUGGGUGCCUAAAAUCAUACGGGGAGGAGAGAGAGGGCGGAAGGCAGGCGCCCAGAGUCCGCUGGGGCUGGUUGGAUGGGAGACGCCGUCAGCACCCACGGUGCUGUCCCAGCCAUCAGGAGGAGCCCCUGGCCGGCGUCCAGCAGGAGAGGGGCGUGGUGAAGGGCAGACGGGAGGGCAAGCCCAGAGGGGGGCUGUGUUAGUGGCCCAGGCUUCCCGUAAAAAGACUGGGGGGCUGAAAAGCGCAGCCAUUUAUUUUCUCAGAGUUGUGGGAGCCACAAGUCCAAAGUCAAGGUGUCAGCAGGGCCACAUUCCUUCUGAAGCCUCGAGAGCCGGAACCCUCCUCGCCUCUUCCAGCUCCUGGCGGCUGCAGGUGUCCUGGGCAGGUGGCAGCACCCCUCCAACCUCUGCCUCCGUCUUCACAUAGCUGUCUUCUCUGUGUGUCUCUGUUCUUCUUGGAAGGACACCAGCCAGAUUAAAUCAGUGUCCACCCAAAUGGCCUCAUCGCACCUGAUUAUAUCUGUAAAGACCCUGUUUCCAAACAAGGUCACAUUCCAGGUACCAGGGGUAGAACUUCAACAGGACACAGAGAGACCAAAGGUGAGCAGGUGGAGGUCCAGAGAGGGGGUAGAAAGGUCCCCAGGAUCCCCGAGUUCAUGAGAGAGGUACUGGAACCCCCACUCCUGACACCCUCCCUGACCAGUACUCCCAGCCACACCCGGUUGCCCACACUGCCCACUGAAAGUGCCAGAACUUGGGCCCCAGCUGGUGGCCCCAGGAGGCAGACCUGUCACACUGCUCAAAUACUCAGCCAGGGAGAUUUUCCCCUGAGCCCCCAAGGCCCGGGUUCCUGGACUUGCUCAUCAACAGGCACCCCCUUUCCACAGAGUGGAGUAAUUUUAGCAGGACGUCAGCCCCAGCCCCUGCUGAGCAGACUGCCCCAUCCUCGGGACUGCUUGGUGUGCCCAGACCUUCAAGGGGGAAUUGCUGUGGGAACCCCACCUCUCAGACGCCAGAUGCUGCUGGUUGCAGGCUUCCCUGGGUCCAGCCAGGCUGGAGAAGGGCGGGGAAGUAAAUACAGGGAAGAGACUGCCCCACCCUCACUGCUGGGGCCUCCUGGGCCCUCGCUGGGGGUCCAGGGCUGUCGUGUGUGGACCCCACAGGCACAAGGAGCCUAGAUUCAGCUUCCUGACGUUCUGACCUCAUGAGCCCACUGUGAGCCUCCCCCCACCAACCACCCCCCAGACGAACAGAGAGCGUUGAGAAAGGGACGUUCAUCAGAGCCCCCAGCCGGGUCCCAAGGGCAAAUAGCACCGCCUACAACGGCCCUCCUCCAGGAUUUCAUACUCUUGGAGAUGGCCUCUGAACAGUCCAGUUACACUGCAUUUUCUCACAGAGGCAUCACCACGAGAGACAGAGACCAACAUUACACCAGGAGCACAUCCACACCAGCCCCUGCUUACGAUGUAGGUGGCACUUGGUGCAGCAGGGAAAAGGUGAUCUCAAUAAAUCAGGCUGGUCAAUUAAAUAUCCGUAUGGGAAAAACAGCGACCCUCUGCCUCCCGCCAUAUGCAAAGAGCAAUUCCGGGGGAAGCAGAUUGUGAGAGCUUUAAAAGAAACAGACAACAAUCUCUAGGACCUUGGGGUAGGCAAAAAAACUUCUGAACAGAACACAAAACGUCCCAACAAUAAAAUAGUAAUAAAUUAUGUUAUAUUAAAAGUGAGAACUUCUGCUCAUCAAAAGACAUCACAGGGGUGGCC